CCGGAAGUUCACAGAGUGAAGUCAAAGUCUGCCUUCCAGGCAACCAGACAUUACGUUGCGACCUUUCAUGGAAGUAUAUCGAUCGGUCGAUUGAUGGUCUUCGAUGUUAAAUGAUAAUUGAGGUGAUACUACGGACAUUCAGAGGCGAGAGACACAGAGAAAUAUGGAGAAAUAUUCCUAUAGAGAAAUAACUAAAUUGUUUCGUGAACCAUUGGAAAAUAUAAAAAAGGUUUGCCAAGACAUCGGAAUUAACGCCAUUAUCAGGUACGACAAGUGGACACCGCUUCAUGUGGCAUCAGCUCAGAACAGACCAGAUGUAACUGAAUAUCUCAUUAGUAUGGGAAGUGAUGUUAAUGCUCUUGACAAGGAGGGUAAGUCGCCCUUAUAUUAUUGCCAAUCUGAGGAGGCAGCAAAAAUGCUAGUCAACGCCGGCGCUGAGGUAAACCACCGCAGCAUUUUGGGUAAAACGCCUUUACAAUAUGCCUGCAUAUCAACUGCCACCCCUGAGACAGUGAAAGUACUCUUGCAAUCUGGUGCACAAGUUAAUGCUGAAGACAAGUUUGGUGAUACGCCUUUCUUGUAUGCUUGUGGCAUGGCCUACGGGUGUAUAGAUGAAGAGGAGUAUGCGCAAAAUCUUCCAAAAAUAAACAUCUUAAUUGAUUAUGGCGCUGAUGUUCAUCACACCAAUUUAAAAGGCGAAAACGGAUUGCACAUCUGCAGCUCACAUCGCACUUACGAAAUAGCUGAAAUCCUGUUGAAGCAUGGUGUCACUGUUGAUACACUGAACAAGAAACACCAGACACCUUUGAUGAGGGCUUGUUCCCAGAAUAAGACUGGACUCCACAGAGAAGACGCACUAUUGGUUUCCUUGGUACUUCUGUUGGAGUAUGGGGCAGAUCCUGCGAUUCCAGAAAAACAGGGAAUGACGCCUCUACAUGUACUGAUGCUAUAUAAUUGUAGCUCCUUAAUGUCAAAAGUUGAGGUUGCAUCAUCCGUGGAGGUUUUACUCAAGCAUGGAGCAUCUUUGAAUUCAGUUGACAAAAUGCUUCGCACUCCUGUACAUUAUGCAAGUUAUAAAGCUGAUUUUGGCAGAUGGACAGAAAUACUGGAGCAGUUAAUGAUGCUUGGAGGAGAUGUGAAUGCGAAAGACGUGGAAGGGUUUUCCGCAGUUCAUGUCACUGCAGUACGUGAACAGAGUCAAACGACGGGAUUUCAGUUUCCCUGGGACUGCAUUUGCGAAAAUGAGAAGUUGGUGCAGGAGAUCUAUUGGAACAGCGCUCGAAAACAAGGGGUGACAGUAGCGCAUACAGUUUUUGCGAACAAAGAACUGCGGCUUGGAGGUGGGGAAGUGCCUUGGAACGUCAAUGGUCGCGAUGAUUUCAUGUCAACGCCACUGCAUUAUGCAGAAUUCUCAAGUAACACCUCGGUGAUCAAGUAUCUGGAAUUUUCAUCUGAGACAGCCGACGUCACUUUAAGAAACUGUCUGGAUGAAAGUCCCAUGGAUUGUGCACUUUCUGCUUUCAACCAAGAAAUGGUGGAGUCUUUUAAGAAUCAUGGAGGAAGUUCCACUUAUCAACGCGAGAGAAAAUUACCAGGAAGUUCGUGUGAACUUUGUGCCUGCUUUGCCCUCGAAGAAGGCGAGGGUAUCUCCUCUCAACCAUUUGAGAAAAGAGAAGAAUCAAUUUCAAUUGAUGCAGCAGAAGUGCAAAUCAGUCCUGUGAGAAAUAUGGAAGAAUACUUGUCUCAUGUUCUUCAUACACCGAGAAUCGGUAAAGUAGCGGUUUCCGAUGCUGAGGUGGACCAAGUAUACAAAGAAACGGAAAACCUGAUAGUAGAGAUCCUUCGGAGAGUCGCAGAGCGUGAUCAUCGCUUCCGGUCAACAAUGAUGAUGUCUGGUAGUGUGCGGGAGCAAACCAAGGCCGGUCUACCAGAUGAGUUCGACUUUAUGUGCAAUCUUGAAGAAUUCAGCUCCUCUUUGAAAGUAGUCGACGAGGAUUCAUGCUCUCCUGGCUUUGUACGUCUGAAAAGAAGAGGCGACAAUGCAAAUAUCGACGAAUUUUUUGAUGCUGACGGAAAUCUUGUGCCAUAUUUGGUAAGGGCAAAGUUCGAGCAAACUGUAAGGGUGGUGAUGUUUGAUUCCAGCCUGUGGAGAUGUUGUAGGAUUUGCUCAAACUUCUUACUUCCCAGCUGCGAUAUAGGCGUCGUCCGUCCUAAGCCAUCAAUCAUCAUUGAACUCUGCUGGAAUGGCCCAGUCUACAAGAAUAUGUUAUAUUCAGUCGACCUUGUGCCAGUCAUAGAUGCUGGGGAGUUUUGGCCUAUGGGUGCAAUUUCGUACAGUUCUGUGUUAGAAAACGUUCCGAAACGGUGCCUUUUUGCGAUGACCAUUCCGCGCUUUGAGCAUGGCAUUUAUGGCAAUGAAGUACGAAUAUCAUUUUCACUUAUGGAGAGCAAAAUAUUUGACAAGCUUCCUGAAGUCGUCAAGGAUGCUUACAUUACAGCGAAAGCUAUUCGUGAACUUUGUCCGGCAUUAGUAGAUAGCCAAGGAUAUUUUUACGAUGAGGCAAAUUUCACAGCUCAAAAAUUAAUUCCGUCAUUUUGGCUCAAGAUGGCCUUGUUUCAUGAGUUAGACAAGUCUGGCCUGAAAGAGAGCAGCAGUCUAAGCGAAUGGGUCCGAAGAAUUUUCAAGAGGAUAUACCAAUGUAUCUGCGAAGAUAACACCUUUCCAUCCUUUAUUAUUCCACAACAAGACUUCCUUGCCUCCAAAUUUGAUGUCAAAGGGGAGACCUCGUCAACUGGUGAGAAGCUAGAAAAGGAGUUGAAGGCUCUGAAAAAACUGUGUCAGAUCAUUCACCGUUUUCUAUCGAGCGACGGCUGAGCUGUUGUUCGUGUGAAGGUAACCCAUAUGUGACAUUAAAAUGAACUGAACAACUAAUUAGAGCUGUUUGAUGAUCCUACGCGAAGAUUUCUUUGUCUCUAAGAAUGACAGCGUUAUAUCUGCUUCAUUUUCCUUAACCAAAUUUGUACGGAUGAAGAAUAUCUUCCCUCAUGUUCUGACAGAAGCUUGAUGAACAAAAGCAAGAGAAGGACAACAAACUAAGUAACUUGUUUCGGGAUGAACAAGCUCUGCGAAAUGUUUGUUUCCUUAUUGGUCACAAUAAAAGCUGCACUAUCGGACCUUAAACGA